GUUGUCUCGGCCCGGUCUUCUACCCUUUGGGCCGCUUAAGUUUCGUCACUCACUUUACUCCUGCAGGUCGAAGAACCUUUAGCUCUAAGUCAGCCCGGGGGAGAAAAAAGGAGAAAGAAGAAGGCAGAAUUCUUCACAUUUUUCUUUGCGCAUCCCUAUUAUACUCCAAGGAGAGUUUCUAUCCUACUUUCUUUCAAUUGGCGAAUUCCACAGUUGUGGACUUUGGCUCAUCAUGGCUUUCCGCUUCCCUCUUCACCGUCUCUCGGAACAACAUCUCAGGGUCAUACCUCGAGUUGCUCAAAGCUCUCGUAACGUCUGCCUGGGUGGUCGCCGGGGUCUUACCUCAGCUGCUCUCCGCCCAUGGGUUAGCAAUAUCAGCAGACCUGCUUCUGGUCUGCCGCAAGUUCUGGGGGUUAACGUUUCACGGUCUAGCCUUGCUUCAUUUGGGGGUUACCAGGUUCGCACUUAUGCGGACACUAUAGUCAAAGUUCCCCAGAUGGCAGAGUCAAUCACCGAGGGCACCUUGAAACAGUUUUCAAAACAGGUCGGGGAUUAUGUUGAAAGAGAUGAGGAAAUAGCAACAAUCGAGACCGAUAAGAUUGAUGUGUCAGUCAAUGCUCCUGAAUCUGGAACCAUCAAAGAACUUCUCGUAAACGAGGAAGACACUGUUACUGUUGGGCAAGAAUUAGCCAAGCUGGAGCUGGGAGGUGCGCCUGAGACUAAGAAGGAGGAUGCGACCGAAAAGCCAAAGGAGCCCGCACCUACUAAAGAACCUAAGGCCGCUGAGCAAGAACAGCCAAAGACACCAGAGACUUCCCCAGCUUCCACAAAGCCUGCCACACCUGAGCCUGAGCCUUCCAAGAAGCCAGAGCCCUCGUCCUCCAAGGCAGAGAAUCGCGACGAUGCUAAGCCCAGCCCUGGAAUUCGUGAAGAGCGAAGGGUGAAAAUGAAUAGAAUGAGACUGAGGAUAGCCGAGCGACUAAAGCAGUCUCAGAAUACGGCUGCUUCCUUGACUACCUUCAACGAGGUUGAUAUGUCUUCCCUUAUGGAGUUUCGGAAGUUAUACAAGGACGAUGUGCUCAAGAAAACUGGUGUUAAGCUCGGUUUCAUGAGCGCCUUCUCUCGUGCUUGUGUACUAGCAAUGAAGGAUGUCCCCGCUGUCAAUGCAUCGAUCGAGGGACCCAAUGGCGGCGAUACUAUUGUCUACCGUGACUACGUGGAUAUAAGUGUUGCUGUUGCCACCGAGAAGGGUCUCGUAACACCGGUGGUGCGUAACGCCGAGACUAUGGACCUUGUUGGAAUUGAGAAGGCCAUUGCGGAUCUCGGGAAGAAGGCACGCGACAAUAAGUUGACCAUUGAGGACAUGGCUGGUGGCUCUUUCACCAUCAGCAAUGGCGGCGUCUUUGGAUCUCUCAUGGGUACACCGAUCAUCAAUCUGCCACAGACCGCUGUACUCGGGCUCCAUGCCAUCAAGGAGAAGCCUGUUGCUGUGAAUGGUAAAAUCGAGAUACGUCCUGUAAGUUGGCCUUUAUUAUACCUUGUCAUGACCGAAGGACCUUUGCUGAUGUAAUAUAGAUGAUGUAUCUUGCUCUAACUUA